AGGAAGUGGGCAUUGUGAACGACAGAAACUUUUAUCAAAUUGUAGUUUUCUACGGCAUAAACGGAAGAAUUACAAAUAUAGGAUAUUAAUGAUAUUAUCUUUGGAGCACUCAGAAACAACAAAAGAAAAACAAUGCGAAGAUCUCUUCUUACUUUGAUUUUAGCCUGUGCUCUGAGUUCUUCAUCUGGAGGUGAUGUUAGACUGGUCAAUGGUGGUAAUCGCUGCUCUGGUAGAGUUGAGGUCUUUCAUGAUGGCCGUUGGGGAACUGUGUGUGAUGACUCUUGGGACAUCAAUGAUGCUGCUGUGGUGUGCAGACAAUUGGGAUGUGGAAAAGCGGUUACUGCAGACAGUGGGGCUUAUUUUGGCCAGGGGAGUGACAAGAUCUGGCUGGAUGAUGUUGCAUGUUCUGGAAGUGAGAGCAGCCUAAUACAGUGCAAACACAAUAAAUCACAUAACUGUAAACACAAUGAAGAUGCUGGUGUUAUAUGUUCAGGAGGUGAUGUUAGACUGGUCAAUGGCAGUAAUCGCUGCUCUGGUAGAGUUGAGGUCUUUCAUAAUGGCAGUUGGGGAACUGUGUGUGAUGACUCUUGGGGCAUUAAUGAUGCUACUGUGGUGUGCAGACAGGUGGGAUGUGGAAAAGCUCUUAGGGCCAACAGUUGGGCUUUUUUUGGUCAGGGGAGUGACAAGAUCUUGCUGGAUGAUGUUGAAUGUUCUGGAAGUGAGAGCACCAUAAAACAGUGCAAACACAGGGGACUAGGAUCACAUAACUGUAAACACAAUGAAGAUGCUGGUGUUAUGUGUUCAGACUUGUUAAGAUUGGUCAGUGGCUCUGAUUCCUGCUGUGGAAGAGUGGAGCUCCUUUCCAACGGCCGGUGGGGAACUGUGUGUGAUGAGAGCUGGGACAUAAGAGAUGCUGAUGUUGUGUGCAAACAGUUAAACUGUGGCAGAGCCAUCAGCGCCCCUCACAGCGCAGCAUUUGGUCAGGGAAGUGGAGUGAGUUGGACAAAUAAUGUUGGAUGUGUUGGAAAUGAGACCACCCUUUUGAAGUGCUUAGAAGAUAGAGAACGUAGCUGUGGUCAUAAUCAAGAUGCUGGUGUUGUUUGUACAGGUGAUCUGCAAAUACCCACGCUUACCGUUGUCUCACAUUCAGUUGUGUCUCCUGGAGAAAACAUUCAGUUUAGAUGCACAACACCUAAUCCAAGAUGUCGGGAAAAUGCUGAAUUCCACCUGUUCAGAAACAGAUCAUCCACAAUAUCCUCUCAAACAAGUGUAUCUAGUGUGACUUUCAGUCUGACUGUAGACGUCUCACAUCAGGAUCAGUACAGCUGUGGUUACUCUUACAGGAAUGACACUAUCAAGUCUUCCAGGAGUAACACUAUUGAAAUCACUGUAGGAGGUGAUGUUAGACUGGUCAAUGGUGGUAAUCGCUGCUCUGGUAGAGUUGAGGUCUUUCAUGAUGGCCGUUGGGGAACUGUGUGUGAUGACUCUUGGGACAUCAAUGAUGCUGCUGUGGUGUGCAGACAAUUGGGAUGUGGAAAAGCAGUUACUGCAGACAGUGGGGCUUAUUUUGGCCAGGGUAGUGACCCAAUCUUGCUGGAUGAUGUUGCAUGUUCUGGAAGUGAGAGCAGCCUAAUACAGUGCAAACACAAUAAAUCACAUAACUGUAAACACAAUGAAGAUGCUGGUGUUAUAUGUUCAGGAGGUGAUGUUAGACUGGCCAAUGGUAAAAAUCACUGCUCUGGUAGAGUGGAGGUCUUUCAUGAUGGCAGUUGGGGAACUGUGUGUGAUGACUCUUGGGACAUUAAUGAUGCUGCUGUGGUGUGCAGACAGGUGGGAUGUGGAAAAGCUCUUAGUGCCAACAGUGGGGCUUUUUUUGCUCAAGGGAGUAACCCAAUCUGGCUGGAUGAUGUUGAAUGUUCUGGAAGUGAGAGCAGCAUAAAACAGUGCAAACACAAUGGACUAGGAUCACAUAACUGUGGCCACAGUAAUGAUGCUGGUGUUAUGUGUUCAGACUUGUUAAGAUUGGUUAAUGGCUCUGAUUCCUGCUGUGGAAGAGUGGAGCUCCUUUCCAACGGCUGGUGGGGAACUGUGUGUGAUGAGAGCUGGGACAUAAGAGAUGCUGAUGUUGUGUGCAAACAGUUAAACUGUGGCAGAGCCAUCAGCGCCCCUCACAGCGCAGCAUUUGGUCAGGGAAGUGAAACGAGAUGGAAAAAUAAUUUUGGAUGUGUUGGAAAUGAGAGCAGCCUUAUGAAGUGCUUAGAAGACAGAGAACGUAGCUGUGGUCAUAAUCAAGAUGCUGGUGUUGUUUGUACAGGUGAUCUGCAGAUGCCCACGCUUACCAUUAUCUCUCAUUCAGUUGUGUCUCCUGGAGAAAACAUUCAGUUCAGCUGCACAACACCUAAUCCAAGAUGUCGGGAAAAUGCUAAAUUCCACCUGUUCAGAAACAGAUCAUCCACAAUAUCCUCUGAAACAAGUGUAUCUAGUGUGACUUUCAGUCUGACUGUAGACGUCUCAAAUCAGGAUCAGUACAGCUGUGGUUACUCUUACAGGAAUGACAUCAUCAAGUCUUCCAGGAGUAACACUAUUGAAAUCACUGUAGUGAGCCUGCAGAAGCCCAAUAUUUCUCUUAGUGGAUUGUUUGACUUUGGUCCUCAGGGUUCAGUGAUCGCCAGAGGUCACAGCUUCACUAUUACUUGUUCAUCUGAAUCUCAGUAUUCUGGAGGCUUCUUCUCUCUGUUCAGUGGAUCAAACAUCAUCAGUAGUCAACCAGCUGUCAAUCACUCAGCCGUCUUCAUCUUUCCUGAGGCAGAUAAUUCACAUGAGGGAAACUACAGUUGUGUUUAUAAAGUGAAUGUGUCUUCACGAACCUUCAAUUCAGAUGCGUCUGACCUGCUGAUCAUCACUAUCAGAGCCUCUCUGCUUCCUGUCAUUGGUGCUGUUGUGUCAGCUGUACUUCUCAUCUUCUCUGCUCUUGUUAUCGUCUUCAUUGUGAAGAGAAGACAAAAGCAGAACAAUGAGGAGAUUCAUAAAAAGUGCUUCUUUGAGAAAGGUGAUAUUGUGUUGCAUUUGUUACCAGCCUCAGACCUAGGGGAUAACUGAGCUGGCAGCAAAGGACACACAGGCAGUGAAGCACUGUGUAUCUGUGAAAUAAUAAAGAGACAGACAAAAUGAGUGUCGUUCCCUUGGUGCAUCAGUUUACUUCUGAGAUCAUCAAACUUUAGUAACUGUAAACAUCUCUUGAGUUACAUACAAAAAUAACUUCAUCUGCACAUAACUGAUAUAUGACUCACACAUGUACACAAGUUAUAUGGAUACAUAAACACCUGUAUUCCCUAACCUGUUUCACAAUAAAGGCAAUAUAUGAUUUAUACAUAUUAUGUAUAAAGAAGAGUGGGUACAGAAAAUAAUAAUAAAGAUUCACAUAAAUGUCACUCUUGUCACUCACAUAACUAGAAAUAUGACAAAUGUGUCACUUAAACACACAGAAUGCAUAAACCAAUAAUACAUCUAAAACCCUAACACCAUUUUACAUACACCACUUUACCCUUAUUGACUUGUAUCACUUAUUAAGCACGUGCACAAAAGCACUCAAAAUGGCGAAUGAAUUGUUAAUGCAACAGAUAAACUUAACUACUCAAGUAAAACACAAAAAUAACAGGCAACCUUGGAUUAGCAAUGCACUCAAACAUUACAACAAUGCUGUAUAACUUAAUACUUUUAAAUGCAUUUACAGUACUAAACAAUAAAUUGUUUGCAUUUGUGACCCUCUAGUUAAUUCAAUUCGUAUAAAACACAUUAGAACAUGAAAAAGUUACUCAAAACACUUUACAAAUACGUUCUUAAACCAUAUAAAAAAAAUCAUAUAAACAAUCAGAGGAAUGUUUAAAGUGCAUAUUAUUUUACCUGUUAAAUAAUGGUGGAUCAUGGAGCAACUCAAAAGUUCCUGGAAGUUACUGUCAGCUCCACAAAGUUACAGCAGAACAGACCGACAAUGAUACGUUUUUAAGUGGUAAGACGUUUUAUAAUAUUUUUUUAAUAUUAUCAGCGGAUAAGAAUCAGAUUAACUUGUGCGUGGAAGUGU